UUCAUAUCGGUCACCAGUUUUUUUUAAUUUUUUUUUAUAGAUGUUCCUAUUAAAACUAUUGAUUUAGCCUAUAUACGCUAUGUUAAAUGUAUUUAAAUAAUUUAAUUCUGCUUGUAGCCUGUAGUAUGUAUUGUAGAUGACAUCUAUUUUAAUUUAACUUUAUUUUAGGAAUCUUGUUAUUCAGUCAUGCCCCGCCCCCGCGAGAGAGGCGAGUGAGUCCGUCUCACCGGUUCCCAGGCUGGCUGUCGGUUAGUGUGCACCUUGCAAAACAGUUGCGGUUGGCUUUUCGAUCACCGUGUACAGAGACACGGUCAGGUGAGGAGCAAGAUCCAGAAGGAAACACCUUUAAAAUGCCCAACUCUGUCUUUUUUCAACGAAUGAGUGUGACUACAUGGAGUGCGUGUUUAGUUAUCCUUAGUUUGACUGCAGGUUCGUAUAUAUAAUAUGGAACUGAAAAUUGCUCACAUUUCUUUGAUGACGACAACGAUUUGCAGCUUGAUUCUGAUCAACUCUGUGCUCAGUGAUGAGUGGACUCACGCCCAUGCGGAGGAUCAGCUCUUUAAGAGGCUGUUCAUUGGCUACAACAAGUGGUCCCGCCCAGUCCAGAACACCUCCGAUGUGGUAAUUGUCAAGUUUGGCCUCUCCAUCGCCCAGCUUAUCGACGUGGAUGAGAAGAACCAGAUGAUGACUACUAACGUGUGGCUGAAACAGGAGUGGAAUGACUACAAGCUGAGAUGGCGUCCGUCAGACUAUGACAAUGUAACGUCCAUAAGAGUUCCCUCAGAGCUCAUAUGGAUACCAGACAUCGUCCUUUACAACAAUGCUGAUGGAGAUUUUGCCGUGACUCACAUGACCAAGGCCCACCUGUUCCACACGGGCCGGGUCCUCUGGGUUCCCCCUGCUAUCUACAAGUCCUCCUGCUGCAUCGAUGUCACCUUCUUCCCCUUCGACCAGCAGAACUGCAAGAUGAAGUUUGGCUCCUGGACCUACGACAGGGCCAAGAUAGACCUAGAGCCCACCGAGGAUGCGGUCGAUUUGAAGAACUACUGGGAGAGUGGCGAGUGGGCCAUUGUUAACGCCGUGGGAACGUACAACACCAAGAAGUACGACUGCUGCCACGAGAUCUACCCAGACAUCACCUACUUCUUCAUGAUCCGGAGACUCCCUCUGUUCUACACCAUCAACCUCAUCAUCCCCUGCCUGCUCAUCUCCUGUCUCACCGUGCUGGUCUUCUACCUGCCCUCCGACUGCGGGGAGAAGAUCACCCUGUGCAUCUCCGUCCUCCUCUCCCUCACCGUGUUCCUCCUCCUCAUCACCGAGAUCAUCCCGUCCACUUCGCUCGUCAUCCCCCUCAUCGGCGAGUACCUCCUCUUCACCAUGAUCUUCGUCACCCUCAGCAUCGUCAUCACCGUCUUUGUCCUGAACGUGCACCACCGCUCGCCCUCCACCCACACCAUGCCCCGCUGGGUCCGCACCCUCUUCCUGUCCCUGGUGCCGCGCUGGCUGUGCAUGAAGCGCCCGCCGCCCCACAUGAGGAGGCGGAGCCUGGUGGCCAAACUCCUCCCCCUGGGGAGCGCCGGCCCCUCCCACGGCGCCUCCCGCUCCACCACGCACACCUGGCUCACGCGGGAGUCCGACGUCGAUCUCCGUGGACACGAGGAUGUGUGUCGCCACGGUUAUGGGGACGUUGUGGACGUGGUACGACGUAGUUACUGGGAAGCGGAUGUGGAUGUCCAUGGUGACUCGGACACUGAUGUAGGGUUAGGGGUGAGGGGGAGGCUGACUCCCUCCUUCUCCUUCCCCCCUUCCUCCCCCGUCCUGCCUGGCUUCACCCCCCUCCCCCACAGCCUGUCAUCUCUGAGCUCCAUGCUGCACCCCCAGAGACCCUCCAGUCUCCUCUCAAGCCUGCAUUGGGACACCAAUCCUUCACCUGAACAUGGUACAAUCCAGGACAUGGCCUUGUCCCUGUCGCCGGCCGUACUACGAGCACUGGAGGGGGUGACUUACAUCGCAGAGCACUUAAGAGCAGAGGAUGCAGAUUUCUCUGUGAAGGAGGACUGGAAGUAUGUUGCCAUGGUGAUCGAUCGGAUCUUCCUGUGGAUGUUCAUCAUCGUGUGUCUGCUAGGAACCAUCGGACUCUUCCUUCCCCCGUGGCUCUCUGGAAUGAUCUAGAACCCCAAUCCCUGCUCCGGAGAAAACUAGAACUUUCCCAUAGCUCCAGAGAACACUAGAACCUGAUGGAUGCUCUACAGAACAUUAGAACAUUACACCUUCCACUGACAUAAGAAUCUUACCCCUGCUCCGUAGAACAUUAGAACCCUAACCUGGACACUUGAGAAGAAGGGAACGUUGUAUAGAAUGUUUUUCUUGAGGGGUUUUAAAUGUCUAUGCACAUACUUGAUCAUAUAUAUCAUAUUUAUCAUAUUGUCAUAUAUUAAUAUUUAUGCAUGCAAGAAAGAAAGACUGAAAGAAUAUAUGUACUGUGUAUAGAUAGAGAAUCAUACAAUAAAACAUGGAUUAGAAAGAGGAAGAAAAGAGAGAGAAAUGGAAAGUAUUUGAGCGCCUUGGGUUACUAACAAUUAGCCUGUCUGAGUAGCAGAUGACCAGCUCUCCUGGUCAGUGAGCCCAGAACACAUGAAAGAAGAGGAGAGAGGACGGAGCAGAAGAGCAUGGGAGAAGGAGAGGAGAAGACAAGAGGAAAUAACA